CGCGUGCUGCGAGGUGGUUCCGCAUGCGCGGUGGGGUUGAGAGAAGCGCACGCUGAGGAUCGGCGGUCGCUGCGGGUGGAUCAAGUCUGAUCUCUCCGAUUAAAGAGCGUGGCGCGGGACCCCAGUGCGGGAAUCACACACAUACCUCAGAAUGCCGGGUCUAAGUUGUAGAUUUUAUCAACACAAAUUUCCUGAGGUGGAAGAUGUAGUGAUGGUGAACGUAAGGUCCAUUGCUGAAAUGGGGGCUUACGUCAGCUUGCUGGAAUACAACAAUAUCGAAGGCAUGAUUCUUCUUAGUGAGUUGUCCAGAAGGCGUAUCCGUUCUAUAAACAAACUCAUCCGAAUUGGCAGAAAUGAAUGUGUGGUUGUUAUUAGAGUGGACAAAGAAAAAGGGUAUAUUGAUUUGUCAAAAAGAAGAGUUUCUCCAGAGGAAGCAAUCAAAUGUGAAGAUAAGUUCACCAAAUCCAAAACUGUUUACAGCAUUCUUCGUCAUGUUGCUGAGGUGUUAGAGUACACCAAGGACGAACAGCUGGAAAGCCUGUUCCAAAGGACUGCCUGGGUCUUUGAUGACAAGUACAAGAGACCCGGAUAUGGUGCCUAUGAUGCAUUUAAGCAUGCAGUCUCAGAUCCCUCUAUUUUGGACAGUUUAGAUUUGAAUGAAGAUGAACGGGAAGUACUCAUUAACAAUAUUAAUAGGCGUUUGACCCCACAGGCUGUCAAAAUUCGAGCAGAUAUUGAAGUGGCUUGUUAUGGUUAUGAAGGCAUUGAUGCCGUAAAAGAAGCCCUGAGAGCAGGUUUGAAUUGUUCUACAGAAACCAUGCCCAUCAAGAUUAAUCUAAUAGCUCCUCCUCGGUAUGUGAUGACUACAACAACCCUGGAGAGAACAGAAGGUCUCUCUGUCCUCAAUCAAGCUAUGGCUGUUAUUAAAGAAAAGAUUGAGGAAAAGAGGGGUGUCUUCAAUGUUCAAAUGGAGCCCAAAGUGGUCACAGACACGGAUGAGACUGAACUUGCGAGGCAGCUGGAGAGGCUUGAGAGAGAAAAUGCAGAAGUGGAUGGAGAUGAUGAUGCAGAAGAAAUGGAAGCCAAAGCUGAAGAUUAACUUUGUGGGAAACAGAGUCCAGUUUAAGGAACACAAAGCAGCCCUUCUUGGCUGAAAACCCUAGACUUGAAAGUUUUCCAGUAUUGAAAACUUCAAAGCUGAAUAUUUUUUAUUUCCAAGUAUUUAAAUGUUCCAACAGACCAAAACGUGAAAUGCCCUCCUAAAUGUCAGCUGUUUUCACACAGUAGCUCCAACACAUUUUUAAGGGAGUGGCCUGAUUUCACUAGAGACAAAUCUUUAAGCUAAGAACAGUUAUAAAUUGGGCUUGUGAUUUCCAUUUCUGAUGUCUCCAGAUUGGCACCCCUUUGUAGUUCAGUGCCUCCAUGAGAUUUGCCAGGGGCGCCCAAAGCAAAUAGUCCCAACCUUUCUAUAUAAAAUGUAUCAAGCAAACAUUAAAUAAAUUUCUGGGAUAUUUAA